AUGACUUAAUUAUUAAAGAAGAAUAUUGAAUUGCUGUACCCUUAAUUUAGUGUUAUAGAAAUUUUAAGAUAGAAUGUAUACAAGAAAACAAUAAUUUUGCGAAGAGGCAACAAAAAUUAUAUUUUGAGGUUGUUUAAUUUAGAAGGAAUUAAUAAGGAAAGAGUAACUUCAAUCAUCAAAAUAUUGAAUAAGCUUUCCAUAAAGAACAAUCCUCAUGUAAUUAAAUUUUAUGAAGCUUCGCAUGACGUUGACAAUACCUAUUUGGGGGUUAUCACUGAAUACAUAGAAUGUUAAUAUUAAUGUCCAAUGUAGGAGAAAGAUAUAUUGAUAAUUUUGAUUCAAUUAUGCUCAGCACUUAGUUUAUUUCAUCCAAAAAGGGCACAUGGUAAAAUACUGUUAUCAAAUUUAUUUUGUAUUGAGAAAAAUGCUAUUUUGGGUGAGAUGAACAUAUUGUUUUAUUUGCAUCAAGAAGAGUAUUUGGAUAUCUAUUUAUUGGCACCAGAAUUUGCUAAAUCCAAAAUAUACGAUUGCAAAUCUGAUAUUUGGAUGCUUGGUUUUUUAGUUUACUAGCUCAUGUUCAAAGAAGCUCCUUUUAAGGCCAAUAACAUUAAUGUGCUACAUAAAUAAAUCCUAAAAGGAUUGAAAUUUACAUAUAAUCCUUAAUAUAGUUUAAAUAUGAAUAAUUUGUUAAGGAUUAUGUUAUGUUAUGAUCCUGAUUUAAGACCAACAAUCGAAUCUAUAAGAUCAUUUGCAGAAACAGCUUUAAUAAGCUAAGAGAAAAUAGAUAUCUUUAAAUUACUACCUAAAUACAAAUUAGAGUAAAUUGUAUUACACAAGAAAAGAGAAGAAAGAAAACCCUAAUAAAUUGAUAAUUCAAUUUACUUAAAUGAAGAUUUGUAAAAGUAUCCCUCAUUUCGACCAUCAAAAGUAUUGAAAACCUUCAAAAAAAUUCUUUCCCAAAGUCCAUCUCCCAAAUAGGCAAUUUUAAAUUUUACAGAAAAGAAUGAUAGUUCAAUUAAUAAUCCAAUAUAAUCACCAUAACAUCAUUUCUCCUAUUUGGAAUAAAUUGAUAGCAAGAAAAAUUUAUCGACAGGUAAAAACUCUCAUUAAUCUUAAAAAUAAAUUAAUUAAUCACAAGGAAACUCUCAUUCAUACCAAUAAAGUUAACAAAAUACCCUUUAUUCUGUUUAAUUGCCAAAAGUGCUAAAAUUUUAGUUUAGUAAGAUUAAAUUCAGGCAAGAAAUGACUCCUAAAAAGGAAUUUGAUGAAUCUAAUUUAGAACAACCAAUAGCAAAAUAUGCUUAAUUACCUUAAAAGAUUAAUCCAAUUGCAAUUAAGAAAUUCCCUCCAAAAAUGUUAUUUCAUUAAUAUCAAGACUCAGUACUCAGAUCUUUCAGUUAAAGACAAUGA